AUUCUGUGACUGGCGCGACGCCAGAAAGCGCCUCGCCUCCGCCACUGUCGACGGGUGCUGCCACCGUUAUCGAUGCACAUUCUUCGAGCGUCACAGUACCGACAUUUGUGUCUGUGUUUCAACAUCGGACGUCGAAUGAGAGCAAGGACACAGUUCGAAGAACUCCGAGCGCACCGUCGACAACGGUACCAACGGUUUCCGGAGCAACUGCAGCUACUGUCACGCUGCCUGUUCAAGAAAUCUUCAGACGCGCCGGAAACUGGCUGCGGGGGGACGUUGCGAGCGAUUCAGAGGGUAUUCAACUGACGGGCUAUCACAGACUGGGGACGAUACACGUGUCGAGGCCAACGGCGCAAAGACGAAGCGGCAGCGAUCCUGACAAAAUAGCGAACGCGGUGACUGGCGCAUCGAACGAGUCCGCUGUAAAUCUCAGUAUCUCCCCCGACGAUUCGACGCUGAGGUACUGGAGAAACACAAGCGGGCACGCCACGGUCACUCGAAGCCAUAGUAGUCUGUACGGAUUGAAUAGGCCAGCGGAAGAGACUCUGAUAACCCGUCCACUGAGCCGUACGUCGUCCCAUGGCCACCUGAGUUUCGAGGAAAUGUGUCGAGCGAACGAGGUCAAGUCGCAAGUAUGGAUUGGUAACGCGGAAACGUUUCCGUCCGACGACACGCAAAAACGAUUAGGCAUCGAGACGUUGUCGCAACGAGAUCUGACGAGAUUACAGCCGCUGCUGUGGCUCGAACUGACCGCUGUCUUCGACAAAUACAAUCUGCCGCUGCAGAAACGCAAACCAAACAAGCGCCGCACGAAAGCUGGAAACUUGUUCGGCGUGUCGUUGUCCACUCUGCUGCUUCGAGACAGCCAAUUGACGUCCGAGGAGAGCAAUAUCCCGUUGGUGUUUCAGAAAGUUCUCGCCGAGUUGACGAAACGCGGCGUAAAGGAGGAGGGAAUUCUUCGCGUCGGAGGACACAAACAGAAAGUAGAGUCGAUAUGUGUGCAGUUGGAAACUGACUUCUAUUGUAAACCGAGAGAGAUGGACAAAUUGUUCAAGCGCACGUCGUGUCACGACCUGGCCGCGGUUCUUAAGAAGUUGCUGCGCGAUCUGCCGCAACCCCUGCUCACAGUCGAACUUAUCGACGCGUUCUACCAGAGUCACGGAGUAAACGACCGACGAGAUUUGUCGCACGCCUUGAACUUGCUGGUGCUGCUCUUACCGAUAGAACACCGUUGUACCUUGAAAGCGUUAGCGACAUUCUUGAAGCUGAUCGUCGAGAAUCAAACGUCGAACAAAAUGUCGAUCCAUAACGUGGCGAUGAUCGUUGCUCCGUCGUUGUUUCCGCCGCGGUACGUUCAUCCCCGCGAUCGUACCGACUUAACGGCCCAGGUUAACAUGGCCGCCAUAUGCUGCCGAGUGACAGAAGCUCUUCUCGGUAACACCGAGAAACUGUGGUACGUGCCGAGCGAUCUUACGAAUCAGUUGCACAGGCAGUCCGUGGAGGAACGGUAUCGCAAGUACAAGAAAAAGUAUUGCUAACGUUGGUUUCUCUCCCUGCAAGAAUCGAGCGUGAUUUCCGCGAUUCCCGCGAUCCGGUCACGGAAAGCUGAACCGGUAUCGCGAUCAACGAAAACGCAUAGAUUUUAAGGUGCUUCGAGUGAGACGCCUCGCGAGGCGACACCGUCAUUACCUCGACGCUAGACGCUAGAUAAGAAAAGAUACAAAAGGAUCUCGUGGAGGAGCUAGACCGGUCGAGUCUUGGAAACAAUGAAUUUCAGAAAGGUCUCGAGCGGAUUCUCGAUAGACAUAGAAGAAAAUUGACUACAGUAUCGUUAACAUCGUUUCGUUUCGACGUACAAGCUACAAGUAUUUUAAUUUAUUGGUACUUCUUGCGAGAGAAGUCUCCGCGAGCGUCACAAUACGCGUCUACCAUUUUCUUUCUGUCCCGUUUUUAACAGUUCUGACACAUUGCCGCGAUUAUGCUCGAAUCGAUCACGAAACGCGCGAGGAACCUCGAACAGCCGCGAAAACGGGGCUCGUUCGGAUACGAGAGCUUCGCAGGCAUUCGAGAUGGCAUCUCUUCGUUCGCGUUCAUCUCGUGUCCUCUGAUACGCCAUAUUAUUUUAAGGAAUUGUACAUAUCGUAUUUCAUAAAAUUGUUACAUUUGCCUCAUUAAAGUGCCAAAGAAAAAUACAAAUCGA